AUGCUCCGAUGUGCUCUGCCCUACUCUGCUCUGCCCUACUCUGCUCUGCCCUACUCUUCUCUGCCCUACUCUUCUCUGCCCUACUCUGCUCUGCCCUACUCUGCUCUGCCCUACUCUUCUCUGCCCUACUCUUCUCUGCCCUACUCUGCUCUGCCCUACUCUGCUCUGCUCUGCUCUGCUCUGCCCUACUCUGCUUUGCUCUGCUUUGCCUUGCUCUACUCUGCUUUGCUCUGCCCUGCUUUGCUCUGCACUGCACUGCUUAACAUUCAACCCCUUUUUACGGGUCCUCCCCUCCCCACUCCUUCUCCUCUCUCCACCAACCCUCUUUACAUGAGCCAUUACUCUUUGCUCGCUCCCAUCAUCGUUGACUCUUUCCCACACACUCCCAAAUUCGCAAGCUGCAUGGUGGCAUCGGGGUGUGAUGACGGGUCCUUCCGCAUCUCGGACCUGCGCCCCUCUCACCGCCCUUGCUCGCGCAUUCUGCCCCCCUCCUCUCUGUCUCCCCCUGUGCCCCCUCCCUCCCCACGUCCCAGACUGGCAAGCUGCAUGGUGGCAUCGGGGUGUGAUGACGGCUCCUUCCGCAUCUGGGAUCUGCGCUUGCUGCGGGAGGCGGGGGCGGGCAAGGAGGGCGGCGCCUUCAUAGCGCACUUCAACCACCACCGCCAACCCAUCACGUCCAUUGAGUGGAGCCCGCAUGAGAGCUCCACACUCGCUACCUCCUGUGCCGACAACCAGAUCACCUCACGUAAGUGGUGUGGGAGUGGUGGUGGGAGUGGUGGUGGGAGUGGUGGUGGGAGUGGUGGUGGGAGUGGUGGUGGUGGGAGUGGUGGUGGGGAGAGUGGUGGUGGGGGGUGUGGUGGUGGGGGGAGUGGUGGUGGGGGGAGUGGUGGUGGGGGGAGUGGUGGUGGUGGGAGUUGA